CCUUUCGCCGACUUUCGAAUUUUUUUUUCCGCACUGGGCGAUCCUGUGCGCGCGUUACGACGUCCGCUCAGACAAGCUACCGUGAGAUUGCUAGGGAGCUCUCAAGAUGCCACCUCAAAUCAUCGACGAUGUACGCUCGGAGGCGAGCGAGGAAGAGAUCGCAUCGAAGCCGCAGACGCCAGCUACCGUAGACAAGAAAGGCAAGGGCAAGGCGGCUGCGGAUGAGGAAGAGGAAUUGUUGAGGGUGGAGUCGGAGGAUAGCAAUGAGGAGGACGAGGAUGAGGAGAUCGGAGAGGAUGAAUAUGUCGUCGAGGCUAUCACGGAUCAUGUUAUCGAUGAGGAUGGAAACUUAUUCUUCGAAGUCAAGUGGGAAGGGUUCGAGAAGAAGUCCGAGCGGACCAUGGAGCCGGAGGAGAAUUUGGAGACGGCGUCCAAGAUCGUCAACGAAUACCUCGCGCGCGUCGGCGGCCGAGAAGCGCUGAUGGAAGCAUGGCGGGAGAAGAAGGCGGCGGCGGCGGCCAAGAAAGGCAAGAAGCGGAGUCGCGCCAGCGAUGCCAACGGGAGCUCCAACGGCACGGCGAAACGCGGGCGCAAGAGCAGCACGCACCCAGCAACGGAGACGCCGCCUGCGAGCGCGAAGAAGGCCGAGUUCAAGCCGCCCUCGGGAUCCUGGGAGGAGGAAGUGACGGGCAUCGAUGCGUGCGAGGGCGCUGAGGGCAAUGUCAUCGUCUACUUGACUUGGAAGGGUGGUCAUAAAUCCCAACAUCCGCUCUCGCAGAUCUAUAAGCGGUGUCCGCAAAGGAUGCUCAAGUUUUAUGAAAGCCAUCUCGUUUUCAAGAAAAACGACGACGGCGCGUAGAUCAGAUCAGAUCAGAUCAACUCAAAUUCAGUUCACAUGUCUCUCCCAGCCUCCCUCCCUCCUUCACCUCCCUACUUAGCAUCCAUCCAACUCAAAUCGAAGGAAACCCCGCAACACCACCACCACCACCUACCUCCCACCCCGUGCUACUUGCUCCUCUUCUUCCUCCCAAUCCACCUCAUCCAGAAUCACAUAGCAUAGCAUAGCAGUAUAGCACAGCCUAGUCUAGUCUAGUCCUUCAACCUCACCUCACCUCACCCUACCUACCAACCAGCUCUCUCACCCCCACCCUCCCCACCUCACAACACGAGAACCACCUACCUAUACUAUACAUACAUAGCUAUGCUCCUGCUCCUGCUCCUGCUCCUUCCUUCCUACCUCUACAAUCCUCCAAACAGGCCUUUUUUUCCUCUUUUUUCCAGUUUGUUUUUAAGGUUCGGUUUGUUGUGUACUCAU